CUUUGCGUCUUCGGUACUGAUGAUCAGUUACCACGCACCUUAAUAAUUUCCUACUACCUUUACAAAAAAAGAAAAAAAAAAGCUUCCGUUUUUUGGCAACCGUACCAGCUGUUAAUCCAGAUAACAAACAUCAAUGGGAAGAGCACCAGCUUGUUGUGAGAAGAAUGGGCUCAAGAAAGGUCCUUGGACUCCAGACGAAGAUCUUAAGCUCAUAAACCAUAUUCAGCUCCAUGGUCCUGGCAACUGGAGAAACCUUCCAAAGAAUGCUGGUUUGCAAAGAUGUGGAAAGAGCUGUCGUUUGCGAUGGACUAACUAUUUGAGGCCUGAUAUCAAGAGGGGAAGAUUCUCAUUUGAAGAAGAAGAGACAAUAAUCCAAUUGCACAGUAUCUUAGGAAACAAAUGGUCAUCCAUAGCCGCUCGAUUACCGGGAAGAACUGAUAAUGAAAUCAAGAAUUACUGGAACACCCACAUCAGAAAAAGGAUGCUAAGAAUGGGAAUUGAUCCUGUGACUCAUGCUCCUCGCCUCGAUCUUCUUGAUCUAUCCUCCAUCCUAAGUUCAUCUGUUUGCAACCCCACAAUCCUCAAUGUGUCAAACUUACUGGCCGGCUCUCAACCCCUUGUGAAUCCAGAAAUGUUAAAGCUAGCCGCCGCUAUCUUGUCACUAAAACAGGAAAACCUAAUACCCAUAGCAAGAAAUCUUCAGGAAAACCAGAUUUUCGAUUCCUUAAUGCAAAACCAAGUCCAACCGUUACAGCUUAAUCAGUAUCAAACUCCAGUACUACAACAAGGGUUGUUCUCAUCGGAGAUGUCAAACCAACUCGUGCAAGCCAAUAAUUUAGAAGGGUUAUGUUCGAAGGUGGCAACUUUUGGUAAUUGCUCAGAUAAUUCGAUACCUUCAGACUUGAAUGAAGAUUUUGUUUGCCACCCAAACCAUGGGAAUUGCAGCUCUAAUCCUACGGUUCCUGAUAUACAAGAAAAUUCAGAUUUCCAGUCACUAUACAAUAGCAAUCAGAAUUUCAGCUUUGAGUCUGUUUUGUCAACACCAAUAUCAAGCCCUACUCCCAUGAAUUCAUCUUCUACAUUCAUCAACAGCAGCACUGAAGAUGAGAAAGAAAGCUACUGCAGCAACUUGUUUAAGUUCGAAAUUCCAGAGGGCUUGGACUUCGAUGAAUUCAUGUAAUCAAAUUAUGUAUAUAGCCAGAUAUAUAUAUGAGUGAUCAUGUUUCUCCUUUUUUGUUUUGUUUUUUGUUUUUGUUUUUUUUUUUUCUCUUGGGGGGUUUCGGUUUGUAGUGGA